UUUUCUGGAGAGUUGAGACUCAUAUAAAUAAGUUGUGCCUGGUUCUGGCCCCGGGACAGACAACAGCACACCAGCGGGAGGAGAAAGAGAGAGGGGGAGAAGAAAUCUCUCGGCAACCAACAAGAAGGAACAGUGCAGGUUCUACGAAGAGUGAGGCAACUCUGGUGACCAUGGACCUGAAAGUGGUGCUGGCCUCCAUCCUGUUGCUGCUCUUCUGCUCAGAAGUUGCCAGCUACAGCCUGCAGAAACGGGAAGCCCCACCAAAGGAACCACUGACUCAACUUGGGGAAACGAUCAGCGGCUAUUGGGACCAAUUCAGCACCAAUGCCCAGGACUGGCUAGGAAAGAUUACAACCCCGGAGUUUAGUGAACAAGUUCGCAAUAUCUACAAAAAAAGUACAAUGGUCGUGGGCACCUAUACCAACAUACUGUCUGAUCAGGUGUACCAUUGGUGGCAUGGUGAAAAUUAAGGUGGCUUGGCUUUCUCCCUUCGGUGGUGGUUGGUCCGCCCGCUAAUCCAGUGGAUCCCCUCCCCUUUUCAUACAUUUUGGGUGUACAGAUGCUUUCUUUCUUAACCAGUGAAUAAAGCUCAUUUCCUCCUAUGGUA